AUGGCUACUUCAAAAAUGUUCCAGAUUCUCAGUCACAUUUUUACACUACUUUUCAGCAUUAAUUCUAGCAGCAAACCCUAUCUACAAUGUUCUUUCCUACGGUGCAAAAGCCGACGGAAAAUUCGACUGCGCCAAGGCCUUUCAAGCUGCUUGGGGCGCCGCUUGCGCCUCUGCCUCUCCGGCCACCAUAUAUGUGCUACGGGGAAGUCACUGGCAUUCCUCAAUUCGAACAACACAAGCAUCAACGGAUUAACCUCCAUAAACAGCCAAAUGUUCCACAUUGUCAUCCACGGCUGCCGCGACAUAAAACUCCAAAACAUCAAAAUCUCUGCGCCCGAAGAAAGCCCCAACACCGACGGAAUUCACAUUGGACUGUCGUCGGGAGUUUCUGUCACCAACUCCCGCAUUGCCACCGGGGACGACUGCAUCUCCAUGAGUCCCGGAACCUCCAACGUGUUUGUUCAAAACGUCGCAUGCGGCCCGGGCCACGGUAUAAGCAUUGGAAGUCUAGGGUGGGUUUUGAAUGAAGCAGGAGUGGAAAAUGUGACGGUGAAAUCGUGUGUUUUGAGUGGGACCCAAAAUGGUGUGAGAAUCAAGACAUGGGCAAGGCCUAGCAAUGGAUUUGUUAGAAAUGUUCAUUAUGAGGAUCACACUAUGGUUAAUGUUAUGAACCCUAUUAUCAUUGACCAGAAUUACUGCCCCAGCAAUAAAAAUUGUCCCAAUCAGUCGUCGGGUGUGAAGAUUAGCGGUGUGACAUAUAAAGAUAUACAUGGAACAUCGGCGACGGAAACUGGAGUGACCUUGAAGUGUAGUAAAGCGGAGCCGUGCACCGGCAUUAAAUUGGAUAAAGUAAUGCUAAACUACAAGAAUAAAGCGGUUGCUACUGUAUGUGGAAACACCGUUCAGACAAUGGAUGGAGUAAUCAAGCCACUGAAAUGCCUUUCAUAA